AUGGAUGGGGCACGUGCGGCCACACCUCCCAGCGAGAGGUUCGAGUAUCGAUUGACUGCCUUAGCGCCACCUACAUCGGCAAGUGGGGACCCGUUGGGACCAUCAUCCCGCCAUUUGCCGCCGCCGAUAGCGGCGCCGGAUCAGCUAGCACCAGUGCAGCGUCCACGGGCACGGUCGGCCAGCCCUGCCCCGGGAGGGGCGAUUUGCGAGGAGGAAGAGACAGCACGCUCACGAAGCCCGGUGCCACCUCCAGGCGUUGUUGCGGCUUGGCGAGGGCUUAUGAUUAGCAGCUGCUUGUGA